UUUUAUUUUAUUUUUUAAUUUUAGCAAAAUGGCAAGUGGCAGUAAAAAAAGCAGCAGAGAAAAUGCAUCACACAUGAUUGAUGAUUACAUCAAAUCUAAUAAAGUGAUGGUCUUUAGUAAAACAUACUGUCCCUAUUGUGAUGAUGCAAAGGAAUUACUCAAAAAGUUAAAAAUUCAUUACGAAUGUAUUGAAUUAGAUGACUUGGGCAGUUUAGGGAGAUUACUACAAGAAGAGCUCUUAGCAAAAACAGAGCAAUGGACUGUUCCUAACAUAUUUAUCAAACAACAUCAUAUAGGUGGAUGUGAUGAUCUUCAUAGAUUACAUGCUUCUGGUGAACUUGUCAAACUACUCGAAUAAUAAUAUUUUAAAUUGUG